AUGAAGCGCGCCCAGCUUGUCUCGUUGAGAAAAUUUCUUCAAAUUGUUAACGUAGUCAUAACAGCAACAAGUAUCUACUUGGCAUCACAUAAAUAUUUAUGGGAUAAUUCAAAUGAGUCAACAAAUAAUCUGAACUUCUCACAAGCUACAACGAACAAUAUUGCUUUGAACUUGAUGCUGUGCGUCGAGUCCCCAUUAAAUGAUCAUGCGAAUUUUGAUGUGAAAUUAAAUGCGCAUGGGAUGGACUGA